CCUCACCCUAAGGUGCCUAACCCCGCUUACCUCUAUCUCCCUUGGACGGAAGCCAAUCAUCUCGGUCGUUACUAUCCAGUGCGGUUUCAAUCUAUUCUUCUAAGCCCACACACCUGUCCCUAAGCUACUCAUCUAUUUAAACACCAAGAGCAAACAUGGGUGUCACCCAUGUUGUUCUCUUUCAAUUCAAGGCAUCCGCUAGCCCCGAAGCCAUCAAUGAUGUUUCUCAACGCAUGCUCGGACUAAAAGAUAGUUGUAUCCAUCCCACGUCAAAGAGAACGUAUAUCAAGUCUGCAUCCGGCGGUACCAAUAACUCGCCCGAAGGAGUAAAUAACGGCUUCACCCAUGCGUUUGUCAUGGAGUUUGAGACAGCGGAGGACCGGGAUUACUAUGUCAACGAGGAUCCUCUCCACGAUGAAUUCAAAAAGAUUGCGGGCAAGGUAUUGGAGAAGGCGCAGGUGAUCGACUUCACUGAUGGCGAAUUCAAGUUGUAAUGCAUACAUGUAGCAGCCUGGGCCGGAGGCCUAGAUACAUAGGUAGUGAUAUAGGCGACGGAUGUUACCCACACACAUCGACCUUCUCAAGCACAACGCUCAGUUGCUUGCCCC